AUGAUUCACCAAGAAUCAAGUGUGGAUAGUCUGUGUGCAAAACAUACGACCCAGUGGUCUCCUCUCAUUAAAGAUGUACCAAUUCAUUACAGCUUCAAAGAAUUUAAUGGAUCUUUUAUGAAUGAAGAUAUUUAUCGAAAAGUUGGAUCACCCGAAGUUGACAGAGCUUGGGAGGAUCUUGGGUCCGACUACCGAGCUGGUAUCAUUUCAUAUGAGGAUGGUCUAGCUAGCGGACUAGAUGCAUCGUUUGUUCAGCGAGCGGAAAAAUAUGGCGGGGGCUUCAUAGUCAACGUUGAAGGAAUGCAUCAUCUACAUUGUUUGAAUCUGGUGCGCAAAGCACUCUACUUCAACUACGAGCGGUACAAAGAGCUAGGGGAGCAUGCGUUCGUAAACGAUGAGUUUAUCCUACGCCUGCAUGUCACACACUGUCUGGAUACGAUUCGUCAAGUUUUAAUGUGUAACGUAGAUACAGGUGUGCUGGGGCAGGUAUGGGUUGAUCCGAAGCAGCCAACGGCGUUUCCAGAUUUUCGCACAAAACAUGUUUGCAAGAAUUAUGACGAUAUACGUGAAUGGGCAAAGAGCCUCCAGGCUCCACCUCCUGACCAAAUACCCAAGGAUUACUUGGCUCGCCCAAAACGUGGAGAUGUUAUUGAAUCCACACCAUAG